AUGACUUGGCUCGAUAAACAGCCAGAGAAAUCUGUAGUUUACGUGAGCUUUGGUAGCACAGCCACGGUAACUCAGGAGCAACGGUUGGAGAUUUGGUAUGGACUGGUUAAUUGCAGUCAUAGAUUCUUGUGUGUUAGACGCCCGGAUUCCCUUCUUGCCAAGGACGGCGAGGAGAGUCAAAUACCGGAGGAGCUGGUUGAGGCAACAAAAGAGAGAGGUUACACGGUGGAUUGGGCACCGCAAGAGGAGGUGUUGAAUCAUCCAGCUGUUGGCGGUUUUUUUACUCACAGCGGAUGGAAUUCGACUCUUGAAAGCAUGGUUGCUGGAGUACCCAUGGUUUGCUGGCCACAUUUAGCGGAUCAGCAGAUUAACAGUAGGUAUGUCAUUGAGGUAUGGAGAAUUGGAAUGGACAUGAAAGAUAAUUGUAACAGAUCGACCGUGGAGAAGCUGAUUAGGGAAAUGAUGGGUGGUAAGAGAGAAGAGUUGAUGAAAUCCACAGCAAAGGUUGCAGAGAUGGCUCAAAAGAGUGUUAGUCGUGAAGGGUCAUCUUAUCACAAUUACGAAGCUUUGCUUGAAUUCUUAAGGAAGUCUCCUUAA